GUAAGGAAUGAGGGGUCUGAAUUGUAAACCUGCAUGUCCGUCGCUUCAGGGAAGCGUGGGGUAUUCUAGCAUGGGAUUUACUAUAUAAAAGGCGACCUAUGGUCCAUCCAUACCCAGCCUUAACAGUUUGCCAACCCAAAACCUAUUCAUACUCCAGUGUACCGGACAAAAUUACUUCACUCUUGUGCAUACAUCCUCGUUCUUCAUCAAAUCAACAAUCAGGAUGGCAUCACUUCCAAAGACGUACAAGGCCGCAGUGGUUGAGUCCAAGAGCGCGCCGCUGAAGAUUAUCGACAAAGAGCUGAAGCAACCUGGCCCCGGCCUCAUCCUCGUCAAGGUCUUGGCAUGCGGUGUAUGCCACUCGGACGUGGGCAUGCAAGAGGGCGGGUUUGGCGACAGCGUCUUCCCCCGAAUUCCAGGUCACGAGAUUGUCGGCGAUGUGGUGGCCGUUGGAGAGGGCGUAAGCAGGUUCUCUGGCGGAGAGCGAGUUGGAGGGGCCUGGCACGGAGGUCAUGAUGGGACGUGCCGGCAAUGCCAGAAAGGCUUUUUCCAGACAUGCGAUAACGGGACGGUCAACGGUGUGUUCCGCGACGGCGGGUAUGCGCAGUACGUGCUGCUCCGCUCCGAAGCCGCGGUGCGGGUACCCAAGGACGUCGACCCGGCCGAGACGGCGCCGCUACUGUGUGCCGGAGUGACCGUCUUCAACAGCAUCCGCAAGAUGCAGAUUGAGCAGGGCAACAUGGUCGCUGUCCAGGGUCUCGGCGGCCUCGGUCAUCUCGCCGUGCAGUACGCCAGCCGCAUGGGCUACAAGACGGUCGUGAUUAGCUCGGGUGCCUCGAAGAAGGACUUCGCGAUGAAGCUGGGCGCGCACGUGUAUAUCGAUUCGAGCUCGUCAGACCCCGUCAAGGAGCUCAAGAAGCUCGGCGGCGCAUCGUUGAUCAUCGCGACGGCGCCCAACCCCAAAAUCAUCUCGCCGCUUACGGAAGGCCUGCACGCUGGCGGCAAGCUCUGCGUGCUCGCUCCGGUUGGAAAGCUCGAGGUCGACACCGUCGACCUAAUCGUAGGCGGCAAGUCGGUUUGUGGCUGGCCCAGUGGAGAUCAAUUUGACUCGGAGGAGGCGAUCGAUUUUGCGGUCACGCACGGCAUCAAGUGCAUGAUCGAGCGAUUUUCGCUGGAAGACGCGAAGGAAGCAUCAGAGCACAUGUUGUCUGGCAAGGUCCGCUUCCGCAGCGUGUUGGUUAUGGAAUAGGCCACAUGACGAGAACGAAAGCCUUUUUUGCUGUAUUAAUAGGAAAAUAUGACAACGACAAUGAUGGUGAUACCCGAAUGAGAGAGUGGCAAAGAAACCAUCAUAUCAAUCUUGUGGUAAUGAAAUUGAGUGGAGAAACGGUCCCCACCGCUCCUGACUAGUAGCGCAAGGCAGAUUCUUACUUGACACGCGAUGAGAGAGAAAACCUAACACAGUUCAUCAAAAA